AUGUCUUCGUCGUUCAAUUUUCCUCGUCCAUCUACUAAAGCCGAUGAUCUUGAGGACCUUUACAAGACGUACGGGGUCGAUCGCACCGUCGUUCUUGAUUUGGCCGGUACGCAUGAGACUCCCGAAACCGUGCGAGAAGGCUACUACGGAGCCUAUCUUUCUUUCUUUCACUCUUGUGGUCUUAUCUUCCCGAUCCCGGAGCCAAUACUUGAGAUUCUGGCGGAGCUUGGGUUAUCGCUUACUCAGAUCCUUCCAAACUUUCUUAGGCAUCUUAUCGCCUUCUUGGUUAAGGCUAGGGAGAAAGGUCUUUCUUUUGGCCUUAGUGAGUUCCGACAGCUCGUUCUGGUGAAGCAGAACCAGCAGAACCCUGGUACCUUCCUCGUGUCUCCACGCCCAUGUCGCCACGUCAUCGAAGACAUUCCUUAUCGCGAUGAAAAGUGGCGCGGACAGUUUUUUGUUUUCAAGAUGGAUCGGUCGUCUAUGGGUGAAUUCGACUUCUCUCGGCUUCCUCGGCGUUGGGCCGAGAAUAUCACUCCUUCUGGAAGCUCCUCGAUGUCAGAUGAGAUUCAUGGUCUGAUCGGGAUUCUUCGGAGAGAUCGUUCGAACUGGUCAACGUUUGACCAAGCUCGGAUUCGAGCCAUUUUUGCUAUGCUGGAGGGGACCGACAGGGCUCCUUUGGUUGGGGGUUCUGAGGACGCAGAGCUUGCUCGUUUAAAGGAGAUCGAAGGAGAUUGUGAGGAUCUCAUCGCUUCAACCGCCGUGCCGGAUUGGUCGAUCUCCGAGCUCGAUCUUCCUCAAGUCUCAGAUGAUUCGGCGGAUCAGAACAUGGCUUCGAGAAGAUCAAACCCCCGCGAUUCUGAUAGGGUACGAACUCGAACUGGUAGUGCUAAUGUGGAAUGCAUUCGAUCCAGAGACGUGAGUGAAGCGCUCACAGAAGUUCUUCGUGAGGAGACCCGACUUUUGCGGGCUUCAACCCAAGAGGCCAAGGACCUCGAGGGUGAAAAGUUUGUUGCUCGUGUUAAGUCGAGUAGCCCAACAGGUUCCGAGGGGCGUGACCGCCCCCUGAAGAAGGCAAAGACGAAUGGCUCGGACCAUCGUCUCGGUGUCUCAGGUGAAGUGGCUGUUGCUAAACCGUUUCAUUGGCAGUUCUCACACUCUAAGGAUUGCCCUAUUACGGAAGAUUCAGACAGUGUUGCUCACUUGGUGAAGCACUUCAAACCUGCUAGAUGUCUGCUUGCUUCUUGGCCUUGGACAAGUUGUUGCGACUUCGAACAAAGGAGGUCGAGCUCGGACCCGAGCUCGAUGUGA